UACGUUGAGAAAGUAGCUUUCUAAAUUUUUUGGCGUCUUGCUUGCUUUCGAAAUAUUCAAUAUCCUUGUGUUUGUGGUAUUUCAAUAACUUACUAUUUAAAUUUUGUUUUCCCUGUGAAGUGAGACGAAAUUAAAGCAUAUCGGUUGCUGGAAGACAAAUUAGAAAGCAACAUGGAAGCCCUGACAGUUCCGCCAUGAAUGCAAAAUAAAUAGAAAUUGUGGAGAAACUAGAAGUCAGUAAAGACGGGCUAGAAACUUCACAAUGUUGAGAGGUGGACGCGGUGGCCGUCACAGUCCAGAGCUGUACCCCCAUACACUAAAGUGCUCAAAUGCGAGUGACACAAGCUCAGCAUACAGUGGCAGUGACACCAUGACUUCGGUACACAGUUCUUUAGAUAUGGACAUGGAAGUAGACUUAUCAGGUCUCCUAGAAUCUAUUGUAGAUUCUGACGAGGAAGAAGAUUUAGAAGAGAGCAUGGACAGCUUGACUGUCCGAGAUGCGGUUAGAGAAUGUCUUGAAAAAGAUCCAAGUGAAAGAACUGAUGAAGAUAUAGAAAUCCUUCUUGAAUUCACACAGCAUUUAAAAGCAUUUACUAAUAUGACCCUAACUGUGAGGAGGGCUCUCUGUGCUGUUAUGGUUUUUGCAGUUGUAGAAAAAGCUGAAACUGUUGUUAUGAAUGAUGGUGAAGAGCAUGAUUCAUGGUCAGUUCUCAUAAAUGGUCAGGUUGGAAUAGAGCAUCAGAAUGGAGAAAUAGAAUACCUUAAUGUUGGUGAUAGCUUUGGUAUGGCAGAAGCUACUUUAGAAAAAUUGUAUCAUAGAGGGGUCAUGACAACAAGAUGUGAUGAUUGUCAAUUUGUUUGUGUCACUCAAACUGAUUAUUACCGCAUCUUACAUCAAGGUGAAGAAAAUAUAAGGCGUCAUGAAAAUGAAUGUGGUGUUUUAGUCUUAGUUACAGAAUACAGAGGAGCAGCAGGAGAAUCAGGACACCAACAAGGGCAUGUGGUUAUUAGAGGAACACCUGAACAUUUGAUGUUGCAGCUCAUUGAAGAUAAUUCACGUGAUUCUACUUAUGUUGAAGAUUUUUUAUUGACUCACAGAACUUUCAUAGAAAGUCCUCUGGUUGUUGCCAAACAGUUGCUUGCCUGGUUUUCUGAACCUUCAGUCCGUGAUAAAGUUACACGAGUAGUGUUAUUGUGGGUAAAUAACCAUUUCACAGAUUUUGAAACAGAUCCAAAUAUGAUGGAAUUUUUAGAGGAAUUUGAGACAGUAUUGGAACGUGAGAAAAUGGAAAGUCAACUAAAUUUAUUAAACAUAGCUUGCUCUGCUAAGGCACGAACAAGAAAUGUUACAUUAUCGCGCCCAUCACGAGAUGAACCACUCAAUUUUACUAUUUUAGGGGGUUAUGAGAGAAGAUAUGGGAUUUUUGUUUUAAAAGUAGAAAAACAUUCUAAGGCUGAAGAUGUAGGACUAAAAAGAGGAGAUCAAAUUAUAGAGGUCAACUGUCAAUCUUUUCAACAUGUCAGUCAUGCAAAAGCAAUGGAAAUUAUAACAGGAUCAACACACUUAAGCAUCACAGUAAAAAGUAAUUUAUUAGCCUUUAAACAUAUGCUGUCAAUGCCGGAAAACUCACCUAGGCAGAGAGGAUGUGCCAAUAUGGUUCGUUGGCAAACUGAUCCUAGAGCAAGAUUAUCCACUGCAGAAUUACUUAGUGAUGAUCCUAUUACACUUACACCAGUUUUUCAAUCUCCUACCAAAAAACCUCAACCACUUAACAUUAAGAAAGAAACACAGAAAGGCUUUAUGACUUUAGGUCCUAAAAGAAGAUUACAAAAAGCUUUAAUGAAAAUGAAUAUUCUACCAAAAAAUACUAUUACUGAUGGUAUACAUAGUGAUGAUAGUAUUCUUUCCAAUUCAGAAACUUUAAACAAAGCUACUAGCACCUCAUUCUAUAAUUCACAUAGCAAUCCAGACUUAAUAUCCAUAUGUUAUGAUGAUUACCAGUCUUCAGAUUAUCCGGAACAUGUACUCAAAGUAUAUAGAGGUGAUCAGACAUGUAAAUAUUUGCUGGUUCAUAAAGAGACAACAGCAAGAGAGGUUGUAAUGCUUACUUUACAAGAAUUUGGCAUCACAGAUCCCAGUUCUAAUUUUUCCCUUUGUGAAGUAUCGGUUGCACAAGGAGGUAUUAUAAAACAACACAGGCUGCCAGAUCAGUUACAAAAUCUUGCUGAACGUAUUGGCCUCAGCUCAAGAUACUAUUUGAAAACAAAUGGAAUAAGUGAAACAUUAGUACUUGAUGAAAUGGCACCAGAACUACUCAGAGAAAGUGUUGUACAUUUUUUGCAGUUGAAUGCUGUUGAAGUUGCUGUUCAAUUAACUUUACAAGAUUUUUGUAUAUUUCGACAAAUAGAAAGUACAGAGUAUGUUGAUGAUCUUUUUGAAUUGAAAAGUAGAUAUGGCACACCAAUGCUAUCACAAUUUUCAGGACUUGUAAACAAAGAAAUGUUUUGGGUUGUUACUGAAGUAGUCAAUGAACAAAACCUGGUAAGAAGAUCGAAAAUAAUAAAACAGUUUAUAAAAGUAGCUCGACACUGUAAAGAAUGCAAAAAUUUUAAUUCUAUGUUUGCAAUAAUAUCAGGCUUAGGACAUGGUGCUGUUUCCAGAUUAAGAAUGACUUGGGAAAAAUUACCUACUAAAUACAACAAGCUUUUCUUUGAUUUACAAAUGCUUAUGGAUCCAUCACGAAAUAUGUCAAAAUACCGACAAUUAGUAACAACUGAACAAGGUAGAUCUCCAGUGAUUCCAUUUUACCCAGUUGUAAGGAAAGAUUUAACAUUCAUACAUCUUGGCAACGAUACAAAGGUUGAAGGAAUGGUUAAUUUUGAAAAACUGCGAAUGAUAGCUAAAGAGGUGAGAACACUUACAAAUAUGUGCAAUGCUCCUUAUGAUCUGCUUACACUAUUGGAGUUAGGAAAACAGCCACCAUCAAAUGCUAUGGUAGCAUUGAAUCAACUCACGACAGGUGUUCAACAAGGGCAAGUCACUGUAAAAAGAAGGAAAAAGUCAUCAAAUGUACCCAACCCUAAAAAGAUGUUUGAAGAAGCACAAAUGGUUCGUCGUGUCAAAGCAUAUCUCAAUCGAAUGCAUGUUGAAACUGAUGAAGAACGUCUUCAUGCUUUGUCAUUAGAAUGUGAAGGCGCUGGUCCAGCACCGACGGUACCACGGAGACGGCAUCCUUCGCCAUCUUUGUCAACAACCAGCAGUGCCUCAUCAGCUAGCGAAAGUAAGAAAAGUUUUGCUGGAAAUAAAUUUGGAGCUGCUUCUCCCCAAGCUGUUCGAAAAUUAUUAGCUUUAUCGGAGCCUGCUAAAACUAGGCCACAUCAACCUAGACCACCACCAUCAGGUCCCUCGCCAUGUUCGCACCGACGUGACGGUCCAGGCCCAGGUAUAUGUUGCUCGCGUGCAGCACAUGAGAGAUCACAUUCUGAUACACCAACACCAUUGCCAGUUGAUUUAUCAGCCGAAAGUAGUAGCGUGACAUCUUUAGUAAACUUGCCAUUAAGAAAAACUGGUUCAGCUACUUCAAGUGACAGUGGUCACGGGUCAUGUACAACGGCUCAUUGCGUUCGGCCGGUUCCCCCACCUAGAAUGCCCUAUACAUUAGCCGCACAAGUGGCGCGCCUAGAGCGGCUAAGUCGUGCGCAUUCACACGAAGGCGUCACUCGUUCUUAUGAUUAUUACCACGAUACGCCAGAUGACGAAGAUGACGAUCAGCAGGUUUCUGCUGUUUGAAGUUUUAAAUACUCUUAUCAAUAUCUAUUUAUAUAGAUUUGUAAUCUCACUUGACGAAUAGAAAGCACGAGUUACAUACGUUUUUCUUAUACUUUAAUAUUUAAAUCAUGUAUGUACCCUUUACAAUUAAGUUUAAAGACUGUAUAAUUUUAACAUUUUAUUAAACCCUGUCCUAGUGUUACAUAGAGUAAAUUUAAUAUGCUAUAAGCCAUGCCUCUUAAUUAUAAUUAUUAAAAUUAUUGUGACCCCACCAUGUUCCAGUUAUAUUAUCUAGAUAUUUUUAAUGUAUAGCAUUGUAAUGGUGAUUUGUUUCAUAUGCGCCUUUGGUAUUUUUACAUUCCGUUGUUUGUAUAUUUUUUAUAAUUUUCAUUAUUUAUAAUACGCAACUUAGACCAAAUAAUAAUUAAUGUACCUUUUAAUAUUUACGACACAAGAUUGAUUUUGAAAUAUUUGUAUGUGGUAGUAUUUUUUGGUAGCUUUGAGGACCAAUAAUGAGUUUGAAUGGUAUUUCUUGUGGUAGCAAUUUAAAAUUUGUUUAUAUCUGGAUUUUAAUUAUAGUAAAUGUAAAUAAUAAAACUAUAUAAUUAAAAUAAUUCAUA